AUGAUUAAUAGAGUUAUUGAUUUACAACAGCGUUACAAUCGCCAGGCAGAGCUUACGGUCGAGACUCACCAGGAGAUCUUAAGAAGACUUGUGUUGCGCCAUCAGCACCGAGUUGAAAUCGCUACUCGGAUAGGUGUGCCUACCAAAGUGCUUGAUGGUAUGAGUGGAGAGUUUGAUAAAGUCGUUGAGAGUUUAAUUAAUUACUUUGCCAAUGAAAUUGCCCAGUACCAUCGUCUUUACCAUAUGGAUAUGGACCGUCAUAUGGCGAGAAAAUUGAUGAAAAAGCCGGUGGUGAUGUCGCCUUCAGGCUACAAAACUAAUGAAGACCAACGUGUAAUGCAAACACCACAGAACUUCACGAUGGAAGUGUUGUCUAGAGAGGCUAAGGUGUUUGUCUCAGAGUUUUUGGUGAUUACUCUCAGUAUUAUGUGUAUGGCGAUGGUAAUCAGAUGGGGCUCUGUCAUUCCUGAUUUAGUUGCAAGCCAUUUAAUAUUUCAGGCACCGUUCCCAUUGAGUAUAGUUGAGUUGUCGAACUUGACCACUGCCUUUGUACGUGCAUGA